AUGUCGGUCUUUGUCCGUUUGCCCCGACUUGUGCGGUGUACCCGACUCGCAUCAACACUUUCCUCAAGUUCGAAUGGCUCUAGUGCACUCAGACAGAUUGAAAAUGAAUCUGGACGACUUUUGCGUGUGGUAGAAAAGCGCAUUGCGGAACGAAAACGAGCUGAGCAGGAGGCAAAAGGUUCAAGCAUGAGCAUGAAAGACCAAAUUUCUCGCUCCAGGCUAAUAAAGGAGCUUGAACCACUAGAUAGGACCUGGAGCGAAUGGUUAUCGGUGCGAGAGGCUUUCUUACAAUCAGAAUCGCUCUUGUCUGAUUCUGAUCCGGAAUUACGAGCACUUGCGGUGGACGAACAGGCCGAAUCACUCGGUAAACUCCAAUCAUUGGCCUCGGAAACAUUCCCGUCGCUGCUUAUGCGGGCGUCAUCCACCUCAUCCUACGGUGCCGCCAUCGAGCUUAAAUCUGGCGUAGGAGGAAGUGAGUCGGCACUUUUCCUCGGCAAUUUAGCGAGGAUGUACUCCCGCUUUGCCGCCACACACAAGUAUUCGUGUGAAUGGAUCAAUAAAAACGAAAUGGAAGGCGCUAGAGGUGGGAUCAAGGACGCGAUACUGGAAAUUAAGGGUGAAGGGUCAUACGAUGCUCUGAGAUGGGAGAGUGGAGUGCAUCGAGUCCAACGAGUGCCCGCAACGGAAACACAAGGGAGAGUUCAUACUAGCACUGUAGCGGUUGUGGUUCUUCCCGUCAUAGAAGGUGCAAGUGAGACCGAGGCGGAUGAUAUAGUGGACCCUAAGGAUGUCCGAACCGACGUCAUGCGUUCACGAGGUGCUGGUGGCCAGCAUGUAAACAGGACCGAGAGUGCAGUGCGCUUAACACACGAGCCAACUGGCAUUACUGUCUCCAUGCAAGACUCUAGAAGUCAGCAUCAGAACCGGGCGAAAGCAUGGAUGAUUUUGCGUGCACGGCUUUUAGAUCGUAAACUCCAGGCGGAGAUGGAGGCUCGUCGCGCCGUACGAAGAGACUUGGUCAAAGGUGCUGAUCGUAGCGAAAAAGUUAGGACUUAUAAUUACGCGCAGGACCGAGUAACAGAUCAUCGAGUCGGAUUAACAAUAAAGAACCUGGAAGCCGUAAUGGAAGGAGACGCAUUAGAAGAAAUCAUUCAGGCACUUCAAAAAGACCAUGAAGCAACAAUGAUGGAAGAAUUGUUGCAAGACGAUGUUGACUAA